AUGGCAGCAGACUCGCAGUCGCGGAGCAAUGGUGCUCGGAGCAUCGGUUGUUUCUGGGAUCUUGCAAGAACGAAUGAAAUGCCGGGGAAUAUGAGCAAAGAGGAUGCCCCGAGUCGGAGCGCAUGUUUGACUUUCACUAUUGACAACAUCCUCAACCUCAAACAGCAGGACGGUCCGGAUUUUGAAGAGAGAGACGUAGGAUGUAAAAAUGAUUUUCAAGCGAGAUAUAAGGAGGAAUGGGACGUCCGGAGGAAGCAUGACAGUGGGUCCGAUGAGUCAGUGAAGCCCAGAGUCCAUAGUGCGCACCGCGGGGAAAACACACCGCCGCUUACCACUGGCUCCUGUCCCGGGGUGCAAAGUGCGCAGAGCGCCAAGGACACCUCUGAGCAGCACCGGCCACAGCAACAGUCCUCUUCGGAUAAUAAAGCCAUAGUCAAGAAGAAGACGCGCACCAUCUUCUCCAAGAGACAGAUAUUUCAACUAGAAGCCACUUUUGACAUGAAGCGGUAUCUGAGUAGCUCGGAGAGAGCGUGCCUUGCCAACUCUCUGCAGCUCACCGAGACCCAGGUGAAAAUCUGGUUCCAGAACCGCCGCAACAAGCUGAAGAGACAGCUGUCCACGGACAUAGAGAGCCCACUGGCCGCUGAACACUUCUCAGAGGCAGGGAAAAACGUGCAAUUACCAACCUUUUACAAAGACAGCAGCCUGCUGGGUGGAUGUUUAGUACCCAUGUCUUUCCCUGUCGUGUACCCAACUGCAAAUGCUGCGCCUUACAUUUACUUUUCCAACACUGGCAAAUAUUUUGGCCUGUUUGAUACGGACUGAUGAGGUCUCCUAUGAGGACUUUGCUGUUUACAGUCACCUCAGUUUUUGGUUUUUUACACUUUGUCUUUUAUUAUUUACAUUUUUUAUUAUUAUUAUUUCAAGCUAGUGUUAACGUCUUUCGGACCAACUCAGUCAUCAGCAGGUCCCAGACAUGCAUGUGCCACUUUUUUUUU